GUUGUUACUUGUCCCAAGCAGCCAAAACGGAGGGAACCACAGCAAGUGCAAAUAACAUGCGACCCUGCCACCUCUGUCCUGCCGGGACAUGGAAAUAAAAUGCAUCAAAAUAAGAAGAGAGCCCUUUCAAGGGUAGGAUGAGCUUGUAUUUUUGUUUAUUGGAAAAUACUUUUGCAGACAAUAUACUAUUAGCUUAGUGGAUGCUUUUACCCAAGGUGAUGCACAAUUGAGAAAGGAGGGGCAGCCUGGCCCUGGGGCAAUUUGGAUUAAGGGUCUUGCUCAAGGGUCCAGUGAUGUAAUCGCUCCGACUAUGUGAUAUGAUCUGACGACCUACUGCUCCCGGGCACAGAUUCUCAACACACUGCCCCUCAUAUACUGGAUUAGAAUGUAACUGAUACAGUGGGCAAGCUAGGAAUGAUGGAGGGUGUUAACAUGUAGGUAGCUGCAGCGCCAGAGCAGCAGAAUGGGCAGGUACAAGCGUAGCGGUGCUGGACUGCAACCCUGAGAGCAAGACUCAGCUAGACGGCUUCAGAGCACCUGGAUGGUCUUAUGCCUUCUUCUCCUAAAGCAGGGGGAUCCUUCCUCUUAGCUCCACGGCCUUUACUGGAUUCUCUCCUCCAUCCAGCUCUAAAUCUGGAUUAAGGAUUUCUCGCUGAUCAAAUCAGAGUCAUCGGCUUUUUUUUUGUAACCUUCCUGUCUGCUUCUGAGUAAAACUGAAUUGAAAGCAAUACUGGCCACAAUGGGGGAAAUGACCAACAGUGACUUCCAUGAAAAGAACCAAAGAAACAAGACCAUCCAUGGGAGCGAAUUCGGCUGCUCCCUCAUGGAGCUGCGCUCCCUCAUGGAGCUGCGGGGUUUGGAGGCUGUCACCAAAAUCCAGGAAGACUAUGGGGACAUAGAUGGGCUCUGCAGGCGGCUGAAGACAUCGCCAACAGAGGGGUUGUCUGGAUCUGCCACUGACAUUAACAACAGGAAACUGAUCUACGGAGAAAACUUCAUUCCUCCCAAGAAGCCAAAAACUUUCCUACAGUUAGUAUGGGAGGCACUGCAGGAUGUCACCCUUAUUAUCCUGGAGGUAGCCGCAAUGAUCUCACUGGGUCUUUCCUUCUAUCAGCCACCAGGGGGCGAGAGUGAAUCAUGUGGAACCAUCACUGCAGGGGUCGAGGAUGAGGGCGAGGCAGAGGCUGGCUGGAUAGAGGGAGCCGCGAUCUUACUCUCUGUGGUGUGUGUGGUUCUCGUCACUGCUUUUAACGACUGGAGCAAAGAGAAACAGUUCAGGGGUCUGCAGAGCCGCAUUGAACAGGAGCAGAAGUUCACCGUCAUCCGCUGCGGGACUGUCGUACAGAUACCCGUGGCUGACAUUCUGGUCGGCGAUAUUGCACAAGUGAAGUACGGUGACCUAUUACCGGCUGAUGGAGUCUUGAUACAAGGGAAUGACCUGAAGAUUGACGAAAGUUCCUUGACGGGGGAAUCUGACCAUGUACGGAAAUCAGCAGACAAGGACCCCAUGCUGCUCUCUGGCACCCAUGUGAUGGAAGGCUCAGGACGAAUGCUGGUCACAGCCGUAGGAGUCAACUCCCAGACAGGAAUCAUCUUCACGCUGCUAGGUGCUGGUGGUGAGGAGGAGGAAAAAAAAGAGAAAAAAGGUAAAAUGCAAGAUGGCAAUAUGGAGAACAACCAAACCAAAGCCAAGAAGCAGGAUGGCGCUGCGGCGAUGGAAAUGCAGCCAUUGAAGAGUGCAGAGGGCGAGGAUGCAGACGAGAAAGAGAGGAAGAAGACCAGUGUGUCCAAGAAAGAGAAAUCUGUCCUUCAGGGCAAACUGACCAAGCUGGCCGUCCAGAUCGGCAAAGCAGGUCUGGUGAUGUCGGCCAUCACAGUUAUCAUUCUGGUGCUCUACUUUGCCAUUGAUAACUUUGUCAUUGCGAAGAAGCCAUGGAUGACGGAAUGUACACCUAUCUACAUCCAGUAUUUUGUCAAGUUUUUUAUCAUUGGGGUUACUGUCCUGGUUGUAGCUGUUCCUGAGGGUCUUCCUUUGGCAGUUACCAUUUCUCUGGCCUACUCUGUCAAGAAAAUGAUGAAAGAUAACAACCUAGUACGGCAUCUUGAUGCCUGUGAGACAAUGGGCAACGCCACAGCCAUCUGCUCGGACAAAACGGGCACACUCACUACCAACAGGAUGACUGUGGUGCAAGCCUAUGUGGGAGAUGUUUACUACAAGGAGGUCCCUGACCCAGAUGCCCUGCCAUCCAAAACCCUGGAAAUGCUGGUCAACGCCAUUGCCGUAAACAGUGCCUACACCACCAAGAUACUGCUCCCUGACAAGGAAGGUGGCCUACCUAAGCAAGUGGGCAAUAAGACCGAAUGCGCCCUUCUAGGCUUCGUUCUAGAACUGAAGCGUGACUAUCAACCAAUCCGUAACAUGAUCCCAGAGGAAAAGCUCUACAAGGUCUACACCUUUAACUCCGUCAGAAAGUCCAUGAGCACAGUCAUUAAGAUGCCUGGCGGUGGCUUCAGGAUGUUCAGCAAAGGAGCGUCAGAGAUCGUGCUGAAAAAGUGUGCUCAGAUCCUGAAUGGGGCGGGGGAGCCACGUAUCUUCCGCCCACGGGAUCGGGAUGAGCUGGUAAAGAAGGUGAUUGAGCCCAUGGCCUGUGAUGGCCUGAGGACCAUCUGUGUGGCAUACCGUGACUUCCCUGCAGAUCCUGAGCCCGAGUGGGAUGACGAAAACAAUGUUGUCACCAACCUGACCGCCAUCUGUGUGGUUGGGAUUGAGGAUCCAGUUAGACCAGAGGUGCCUGAUGCCAUCCGGAAGUGCCAACGUGCGGGCAUCACAGUGCGCAUGGUAACUGGGGACAAUAUCAAUACCGCCCGUGCCAUUUCCAUUAAAUGUGGCAUCAUUCAGCCAGGGGAGGACUUUCUGUGCAUCGAUGGGAAGGAGUUCAACAGGAGGAUCCGCAAUUCGAAAGGAGAGGUAGAACAAGAGCGCAUCGAUAAAAUCUGGCCACGGCUAAGGGUUCUGGCGAGGUCUUCUCCGACCGACAAGCACACUUUGGUUAAGGGAAUCAUUGACAGCACCCUAGUGGACCAAAGGCAGGUGGUGGCAGUGACAGGCGAUGGGACCAAUGACGGACCAGCCUUGAAGAAAGCCGACGUGGGCUUUGCCAUGGGAAUUGCUGGUACAGACGUAGCCAAGGAGGCCUCUGAUAUCAUCCUAACCGAUGACAACUUCUCCAGCAUAGUGAAGGCCGUGAUGUGGGGGAGGAACGUCUACGACAGCAUCUCCAAGUUCCUGCAGUUUCAGCUGACCGUAAAUGUUGUGGCGGUGAUUGUGGCUUUCACUGGGGCGUGCAUCACUCAGGACUCUCCGCUGAAGGCUGUUCAGAUGCUGUGGGUGAACCUCAUUAUGGACACCUUUGCAUCGCUGGCGCUGGCCACCGAACCACCAACAGAGGCCCUGCUGAUGAGGAAGCCCUACGGUCGCAACAAGGCGCUCAUCUCUAGUACAAUGACGAAGAAUAUUUUGGGCCAUGCCAUCUACCAGCUCACCAUCAUAUUUACGCUCCUUUUUAUUGGUGAAGAGAUCUUUGACAUUGACAACGGAAGGAAUGCUCCUCUUCACUCGCCGCCCUCUGAGCAUUACACCAUCAUCUUUAAUGCCUUUGUCAUGAUGCAGCUGUUCAAUGAGAUCAAUGCUCGCAAGAUCCACGGGGAACGGAAUGUUUUUGAAGGCAUCUUCAGGAAUCCUAUCUUCUGCUCAAUUGUGUUUGGAACUUUUGGUAUUCAGAUUGUGAUUGUGCAGUUUGGAGGAAAACCAUUCAGCUGUUCUCCUCUGGACCUAGACAAGUGGAUGUGGUGUAUUUUCCUGGGCAUGGGUGAGCUUGUCUGGGGACAGGUAAUAACGACAGUUCCCACAAACUGGCUUAAGUUCCUAAAAGGGGCUGGCCGUCUUACGUACAAGGAGGAUCUUCCGGAGGAGGACAUGAAUGAGGACAAUGAGGAGAUAGAUCAUGCUGAGAGAGAGUUACGCAGAGGGCAAAUUCUUUGGUUCCGUGGCCUGAACCGGAUUCAGACUCAGAUACGUGUGGUAAACGCGUUCCGCAGCUCCCUCUACGACGGCCUAGAAAAGCCAGAGUCACGGACCUCCAUCCACAGCUUCAUGACCCACCCUGACUUUAGGACGCCAGACUCCCAGCCCAGCAUCUCCCUGGUUGACACCUCGACUGGGGAGGAAGACCUGACCCUGAGGCACAGCUCCAGCCAGCUCUCAUCACCUACCAAGAACAUCAACCCCCUGGACAGCGGCAUCUACCUGACCAUCGACACCAGUCACUCUUUAGCCUCCUCCAGUCCAGGCAGCCCUCUUCACAGCCUGGAGACCUCCCUCUAGCCCUGACAGUCUGUGCUAAAAUUAAAACUGCACAACCUAGGUGUGAACAAGCCAACACGAGUGCCAGAUAAGUGUGAAGGUUGGACUGGAGCACUCCUUUACAGCGAAUAUUUCACGUGGAUGGCGGGGAAGGGGGGGGGCGGCUGAAUUUCAGUGACGUGAUUCGGAAACCAAGUGGCUUGGCCGUUACCUUCUUCCCUUGGAAUAAAACUGACUGUAUGGAUUAUAAAUUUAAAGAGAAAAACUCUCUUUACUGCUCAUGCAUGAAUGUACAUUAUCACGUUUUAUUUAAUUGUGUUAGACUUUAGUUAGGAUUUUAUUAUUUGGGUCUCUUUCAGUGGGAAAUGCCCUGGACUGCACGUUUUACGGCAGCUUAUCCGACUUAAUUUGUCUGUGCGUUUUUGAGGGUCUUGUGCGGCAUGGGCUUAGAUCAGCAGUUUAUUUCAGUAAUACUUUGAGAAGCGUGCUAAGGUUGCAGGGCACAACUUUAUCAGUGGAUUUGCAUACAUCGGAAAAAAAAGAGACGUUUAUAAAUAACAAUUAAAAAUUAUAGUUUCCAUAAAGAAUUCUUCAUCGUUUAUCGGCAUGUUGCCUUGUUUCUGCUUUAGCAGCUCUAACUACUUUAACCUUUGUCCUGAUAAGGAUGUCAUUUGUUUACAGACCUUCCAGGUUUAGGUGUUUAGGGGUACAGUGCUGUGCCGCAGAUGCAGCUGGAAUGGCUCAAGGUGUCGCAUACCUUUGUAACGUCGGAGCGUAGGUGUUUUAUUUCAAAAUGUGUACUGAAUUUGCCUGCUAAUGUAGAUAUUAUUAGAAGAUAAAGGAAGCCAAAAUAUAAUGAGAUAUAACAAUUACCGUGACAUCUUAGUGUAAUGAUUCUGAGUGGCUUCUUUUAUUUCCAUAUACACAACUUAAGAUUAUUUUGUUCCGCUUUUAGUUUGAAAAUUAUUUUUAUUUUUAUUAUUUAUUUUUUACUCCGUGCGUAAAAUGUAUUUGAGAUCAACCUCAAAUCGGGAAUCGGUUUUGAGGAACGUCGAACAGUAAUUUUAUUGAAAUGUUUCCUAAAUAAAUAUGCUUGUUUAAGGUAGUUAUUUUUAUUAAAUUAUAUGUAACUAUCAAAAGCUACAAUGGAUUCCUAAUAUACGAAAAACGUGAAAAAAAAAAUGAAAUUAUUAGCUUAUAUGUAUGAAAAUCAAACAUUGUGUUGAAAUCGUGUGCUACAUUGUGUAUUGAGUAUUUUAUUUAAUUCUUAUUUUUAGUUUUAGAUUUCUAUGUUUCAGUUUACUGAGAAAUUCACAAUGGAAUGUUUUUGAGAAAAAAAACUGCACUCUCCAGAUAUGAAUGAAACUUUGUGGUGUAAACUUUUAUGUGCAACUGUAUGGGUUUUAUCCCAGCUUGUCUUCCUGCAGUCACUACAUACACAUGCGAAGCCCUAUGGAGGUCAAGGGCUGUUAUCUAUUUUAUUGUGUAUUUGUGCUCAAAAGGUGUUCAGAUGAUUUGCCUUGAAAAACAAACAGACAAACAUGUGCACCAAGAUGCCGGCAGCCACAAGGUAUCAGCAUCAUCCUGACUCAUAAUCCUCUCAUUAAGAAAGAGUGAAGAAUUACACAAAAUAUGCAGGUCAAAUUCGCCCUUGUUUUUACUUUGGACCAAUCCUUGCAUUUGGUUGUUACUGGACAUCAGAGAAGCUUCAGAAGGGAAUAAAUUUUCUAACCUUUUCAUGUUGUAACAGCGACGGAAGCAUGUAAGAAUUAUAUCAUCACCCGUCCGUUUAAAGGCAGAGAUGGUGAAAAAAGUGACCGUUGUCUUCUCUUUGUCGAUCUUGUGUCAAUGUUUUUAUUUAAUGUUAUUUAAUUUAUUAUUUACUGUCACUUUAGGUACCUGGAAACUACCUGUACUUCAAAACGAAAAACUCAUCUUUCAAAUAAAUUGUAUCGGCUACAUGAUAUAUUCCUCAGGAAACAGAAAACAUUCUUGGGUAAAAUGAAUGCGCACAAUUUACGCUUGUGUCAAAGCAGAGAAUAAAGGUAAUAUUUAUGUCCCUGAUAACACCAUUAAUGCAGCUAAUCUAUACUGCUACACAUUUUAUUGAAUACAUUUUCCAUAGAUUUAAGAAUGAAUUUUAAAAAUACAUUCACAAACAGGUGAUAAAUUAACAUCUCUAUAUAGGAACUUGGACUAGGUUGUCCUAGGUUGUUCGGUGUGUGCAGUUUUUCAGACACCUGAACAUUUCUGUGCCAGCUUAGUGUUAUGCUUGCCAAGAUGAUUUAGCUUUCUGUGUGUGUUUAAUGAGAGCUGCACACACCGUGGUCUCGAAACAUGAGGGCGAAGGAAGACUUCUGCGUGGACCAGGGUUCGGGAAUUGCCCCGUUUAGACACCUGUUUAUUUUAGGGUGCAGUUCUCAGUUACGCUUCAUGCUUUCUGAAGAUUCCAGCUCAUUGCUUCUUAAAAAUUCUGAUCACUGCUUGUGAAUCUACCUCUUAGUGGUUCUGUGUUUUGUUCUAAGCAACGUGAAUAUUGUGGGAUGAAGAAAAUACUAAAUGCUCAGAGUGCAUCUGGUACUCAUGCACGUUUGGGCCGUGACGACUGCUGUUCCAUCAUGUUUUUAUGAUUUUUUUUUUUUUUUAGAUAUUCACUAUAAUUGUAAAUAAAAACCUAUGUCUUAGUUAAUAUAAUGCUAUGCAAUAGUCAUGCUUUUCUAUUGCUAUCCGUGAACCUUCUGUUGUGUUUCUGGAACUCCUGCGGUCUGAAGUGCAGUGAACAUAUAAACUUUGACUUCCAACUAAA